UUUUUUUUGUGGGUAAAUAAUAAGUAAUUUUCUCACUCUCUUUCGCUUUUCGUUUUCUUUGCUUAUUCCGAUAUGUAUGAUACAGUACUUGGUUAUAGUGGAGGCUUUGUAGGCCUUUUAAUCCUUAUUCUUGACUUGAUUGUGAUAUUUGAAGUCAUGAACUCAAAUCGAACUAUUUCUGGCAAAUUAGGCUGGUCUCUUUUAGUCUUCUUUUUCCCUGUUGUUGGAUUGAUUCUUUAUUUCCUCUUUAGUGAACGUAAUGAACACAAUGCAAGAUAUGAACCCAUUGUUUAAUUCUUUAUUCAAAACGACAUUUCUCAAUACGAACUGUAUCCUUAGGGCUAUUGUUUGAUCAUGAUUAGUAUCAAUAAAUAA